AUGGCCCUAAAUCAAAUUCUAUUAACUCUCUUUCUCCAUCUUCUUACUCUGACCUUGGUCUGUUCCAAUACCUCCAAACCCACUGGAUUGAGCUUGAAACUGAUCCCGAGAGACUCUCCAGACUCUCCUUUAUACCCUGGAAAGCUCCCUGAAGUUGAAAGAAUCCAAAGAAUGGUUGAAUUCUCCAAGGUCAGAGCUAAAUAUUUUGGGUCACUAUUUGGUCAAAAUUCUACCAUGAACCCAGAAAAUAUCAAUCUUCCAGUGCAUAAAUAUAACUUUUUCUUUGGAGUACAAGUAUUUCUUGGUACCCCUAAAAAAUCUAAAACAUUACUCAUGGACACUGGCAGUAGCCUUGUUUGGACACAGUGCAAACCUUGCAUAAGGUGUUUCAACCAAACAGACCCCAUCUUUGAGCCAACUGCUUCCAGUACCUACAGAAAGCUUCCUUGUGGUCACCCUCUUUGUCGUCAACGUUUUCAAUGCAUCAACGGUGAAUGCGUCCACAACAAAACGUAUAGCAGCGGCGCUUUAAUUAAAGGUCUCGUUUCCUUAGAAACCUUUACAUUCCCAUCGAAUAAUCGAACUCUGAUCCCCAUAAGAAACAUAGCAUUUGGUUGUGCGAACGACAACGAAAAUUUCAUGCCUCAAAGCCGUAGCUUUUCAGGGAUAUUGGGCUUGAGUCCUGGUCCUGAUUCUUUAAUAACCCAACUGGGAAACUUGACUAGAAAUCGCUUUUCCUACUGCUUAGCUUAUGCUUUCCGGCCCAUGUCCCAGAACAGUGUUCUUCGAUUUGGUGAAGAUAUACCAAAUGUUCCAAAUCUUAAAAGAACUCCACUUCUACAAACAUAUAGAUCUUUUCAUUACCAGUUGAAUUUGGUAGACAUAAGUGUUGCUGGGAAUCGCUUAAACUUCCCACCUGGAACUUUCUCUCUCAGACAAAAUGGUUCUGGUGGUUGUUACAUAGAUAGUGGAUCCACACUGAGUUUUAUUACUCGAGAACCUUAUGGGGUUGUGAUGAGAGCAUUUGAACGACAUUUUCUUCCUUUUGGGUUACAAAGAGUUCACAAUUCGUCUGAAGGGUUGGAGCUUUGCUAUAGACAGAAGGUUGGUUUUCAUCAAUACGCAGGGUUGACGUUUCAUUUCCAAGAUGCCGACUUGGUGGUUCAGCCAAAGUGCAUGUAUGUUCAUAAUAAUCGAUUGAGAUACUUUUGUGUGGCGUUGGCUCCGGCGAUGGCAACCGUAGUCGGAGCUUGGCAGCAACAGGAUACGCGCUUUAUUUAUGAUCUGAAUAUGCAGCAACUCCAGUUUGCUCCUGAAGACUGUUCUAGGGAUGUACGUGGUUUCAAGAGUUGAUUUCUUGUUUUCCUUUUUUCUUUUUUUUUUUUUUUUCCCCUCUUUUUGUUUCACAUGAAACUGCAUGGAGGAAAAUUAUAAGAAGCUAUUGAUAUGUGAAAUCA